AAUGAUUAAUUAAUCUAAUUUCUGGCAAUGGAAAUAGAGACCUCAGACGAGCUGAUGGAAUUUGGCAGAAUAUUGUUACUCUUUUUUUGGCCUGGGUCAUUGUCAGGAAUCAGGAUGUUCUUGGUGAUGCAACUUGUCUGCAGGGCUCUUGCCCAGAAAAGCCUCUCAUUGGAUUUACUCUGAUAGACCAAUCCUGGAGCUAGAAUGAAGCUUGAUUCAGAGAAGAAGAAAAAAAAGGAAAGGAGAAGUGCAUCUUUCUUUUCCAAAGAACAUCAGUUCACAUUCAUUGUGACCAGCCAGGUGAAGAAGCAGGAACAACUAGCAAAAUGUCUCAUGAUGGAAUGUCCAGGGAGGAAUAUGACGAGUAUCAGAAGCAGGUGGUGGAGGAAAAGAUGGAGAGAGAUGCAGAAUAUUCUACAAGAAAAGCAGAAAGGGCUUGUUUGAGGACUUGUUUAAGAGACAAAUAUCGAAUUCCAAAGAGCGAACAGGACGAGAUUAUGAUUCAGCAGGCCGGAGAUGACAUUGACGUGCCAGAAGAACUGAUCAAGAUGGUGGAUGGAGAGGCGCCGCCGGAGGAGGAAAAGGAAUCCAUCAUGGGUCAAAUGCAGAACCUUCAGAACAUGGAUAUGGAGCAGAUCAAAGAAAAGGCUCAGGCCACGUUUGUGGAGAUGAAAUCCAAGGCUGAGGAGAAGUGCACUGUUAUGUAACGUGUAGAAGAAGUUAAAGUUAUCUAAUCUUAACACUCAUUUACUUAUACAGUGAAACUAUUAAUAGUUUCAAUAACCUGA